CAGAGCCCAGUGCAAGGAGCCCUGCCACUGGGGAUGCGGGAGCCAGUAGAUGUGAGGGGCAACGGAUGCAGAGCCAGGGCCCCGAUUCUCACCUUUCCCUGGGGUAGCCAUGGAGCAUCGCACCCUCCUCCUCUUCGUCCCCCUCUUCCUCCCCUGUGGAGCCCAAGGACCCGUGCAGUGUGAGGAGCAAGCCGUGCCUGCCAACGGAGCGCUGGAGCUGCUGCCAAAGAAACCCCUGGGGGAAUGGUCAAGAGUCAAGUGGAGAACGGGGGUGGACGCAGGGUCCUACCAGGUGAUCCUGGUGGCUGAGAGGAGCAACGGCACCACCGUGUGCAAGAGCCCUUUCUGCGGGAGAGCAGUUUUCCAGGAGGAGCCCCUUUCCCUGCGGAUCAGCCCGGUUCUCGCGGCAGACGCGGGGCUCUACGAGGCCGAGUUUGAGCAGGCAGGCGGCGGUGUCAGCCCGCGGUGCUUCCGCGUGUCGGUGUGGGGUCUGUGUCUCUGCUGUGCCGUGGAGCUGCUGAAGGGGCUGAAGGGGCAGUCCUUGUCCUUCCCAGCCCUGCAUCUCCUGUCCCAUGAUAUCGUGCGGGUCACCUGGAGGACCAAAGGGACCCACAUUGCUGAGGCCAAGCCCAGGGUGAGGAUGUUCACCACUGAUUUCCUGCCUGAGUUCCAGGACCGGCUGCUCAUCCACCCCAACAGCCUCUCGCUGCAGAUCAAUCCGCUGCAGCCAUCGGACAGUGGGAGCUACGAGGUGGUCGUGGACACCUUGUCUGACCCCACCAACCCAAAGACCUUUCGCUACUCCUUGUUGGUUCUUGAUGGAUCUCCAGUGCCGAUGCCCGGGACUGGCGACACCAAAGGAUCCAUCAGGAGCACAGUGGAUCCCCAUGGACCACCAGUGCUUGGGGCUGGUGACACCAAAGGAGCCAUUGAGAGCACAGUGGAUCCCCAUGGAGCAUUGGUGCCCAGGACUGGUGUCACCAAAGGACCCACUGGGAGCAGAGUGGAUCCCCAUGGAGCAUCGGAGCCCGGUGCUGGGGACACUGGGACGCAGGACACGGGUGGGAGGCAUCAUCCAGGGUCCUGCGGGGCUCAGGACCGCUACUGCCUGCUGAAGGGGUAUCUCAUGGCCGGGGUCUUUGUGCCGCUGGCGCUGCUGGUGGCCGCUGUCCACAUCAUGACCAGGGACAAAGGCACCAAGGCAGGGAACGGGGUCUUAGCAGGGGUUGAGCCCCCCAGCAUCACCACUCCUCAGGGACCAUCCCCAUGGCAGCGACCAGCCUGGAUUCCAGACCCCGGGAACAGCGUCCCCUCUGCCUCGGUUUCCCCAUUCAGGGCAAGAUGA